AUGCGGUGAAGCAGUUUGAGCUAGUAUGCGAUUAGCUUCGGACGCCUGCAGUCGCGUUUGAUAAAUGGUUAGAGACAUUAGAUAACAUAUAUUUAUCGGAUAUAUUGAUAAGUGCUCAUAAACAAAUGAACAAGAUUUUCCAUAAAUUUUGACGAGUGAUAAAACAUGUUCUUUAUAAUAGCUUUAGUAAUUUUUGCAAAUGUAGAGGUCAACGGUCUUGUUUUAAAACAAGUUGUGAUUCUAAGUCGGCAUAAUAUCCGAGCGCCGUUGACAGACAACCUGGAAGAAUUGUCGGAGAACAUUUGGCCAAAAUGGAAAACCGAGGCUGCGCAUUUGACACCAAAGGGAGCAUUAUUGGAAGGAUACAUGGGCGAAUUCUUUCUAAACUGGCUACAAGAAGAAAAACUGUUCAAUGAAUCGUGUCCCAGUUCGGUACAUAUAUACGCGAAUGCACCUCAACGGACAAGAGCUACAGCUGAAGCCUUUGUUAAUUCAGUAUUCAAAAACUGUAGCAUUAAAGUUAAUUACAAGGAAAAUGUCACAUCAGAUCCAGUUUUCCACCCAGUUUUUCAAAACGAUAUCGCAGCCUUUAAAGAAAUGGUUAUUCUUGACAUGCAAAAAAGUUUAGACGAAUUGGAACUAAAUGAUUCAUAUCAAUUAAUAAAUAAUAUCAUUGACAUCGAAACGUCCAAAUUAUGUAAAAUUAAGUCGUUUUGUGAUAUGACUAAGAGAAAAGAUGAUAUUAUAUUUGAAAUUAAUGAAGAACCAAAUGUGUACGGUCCUUUAUCACUGGGUAAUACAAUCGUAGAUGUGUUUUUGAUGAGCCUCUACCAGGGACAUAAUAUUGAAGAUAUAGCUUGGGGAAAGAUACGUUCGCCAGCCGAAUGGAAAACAUUGACGCGGAUCACUAAAGAAAAUCAGAACGUAAGAUUUAAAAACCCUUCGUUUUGUGGACAUCUGGCCAAACCUUUAUUGGAUUAUAUGAAAAAUCUAUUUUUGAACGACACCGCACCAAAAUUAACAGGGCUAUUUGGGCAUGACUCCAAUUUGAAUGCAGUUAUGUGUUCUUUGGGUUUUAAGCCUUAUGAGUUACCACGCCAGUACGAAGGGACACCGAUAGGAGGUAAAAUAGUAUUCCAAAAAUGGCAUUCAAAUGUUACUGGCAAUGAUUUGUUGAAAAUUGAUUAUGUUUACCCGUCGGUGGGGCAACUAAGAUUUAGCACAAAAUUCUGGGAUGAAGAAUCUCCACAACAAGUCACUAUGGAGCUUGAAAAAUGCAAAAUUGACAAACAUGGAUUCUGUUCAUGGAGUGAUUUCGUGAAAAUUUUACAUAGUCUUGAUGUGAACGUACUAUCUACUACUACUAGACUAAUAUCCGAUGAAGCCUAACCUAUUUAGUAAUUUAUUUUAUAAACCUAAAAUCUUCGGUUUAAUCCUCAUACUCCGGCAAUGUUUCGCCCCAAUACCACUAAAACUACUACAGAGAAAAAAAUGCAAAGACGAACUUACUUGUGUAAGACAUAACAAGCGCCGGCAAGCUGGGGAAGGUCUGAUUGGUCGCGAUAUAGAACCCUCCAUUGUCCAACGGUUUUAUUUUGUAAUGUUUCACAUGGUACCCUCGCCCUUCCUCCCAGUCUUUGACGCUCAAGCUGAAUCCAUGAGGGUUAUGUUCCGCUGGUCUCACUAGGAAGGUGCCUCGGGGAUUACUUUCGGCCAAUAGGAGCUUGUCGGCCUCUUUUCUUGACACGUGUGGGAAGAACCAACUGCAACAGGACGGCUGCCUUUAGCAAAAACUGAGAUUAGAUCGUGAAGGUGGUCGGACCGUCAUUGCCAUCACCAAGCAAGCGUCGAGUAACUAUGUUUACAGUGUUUCCUGUUUGUGUUGUUUUGUGCCGUGUGGUUCCCGGCUUCAAUAAGAAAAAGAAUAAGAUCAGUCCAUCUCUUCUCCAUGGAUGUCGUAAAAUGCGACUAAGGGAAAGGCUUAUAAUAAACUUGGGAUUCUACUUUUAGGCGAUGGGCUAGCAACCUGUCACUAUUUGAAUAUCUAUUCUAUCGGCUAUACAGCUGAACGUGACUCAUCAGUCUUUUAAAGACUGUUGAGCCCGCAAGAGAUAAAGACAUGAUUAUAUGAAUGUAUGUUAUUUUGAAAUUAGAGAUUGAACCUCACAAGAAAGCCCAGUAUGGAAUCUGUUAUAUCUUGCUUGAUUAAAAAUAAAUUCAAACACUCGA